GUGAGAUUUGGGAGUUCAGAUCUUCGGUUGUCUUCUACUUCUCUUUGCUCUUCUGAGAUUUACAUUGCUCGUUUGGGUUUAUAUCCGACAGAGAUGGCGAGCUUUGGAGUAAGCCCAAGGUGGAAGGUGGGUCUUUGCAAUCGGCACAAGCGGCGGCAGUGGGUUCGUCCCGUAUCGUGCUCAAGCCCAGGCAAAAAUUCACCUCCGGCUUAUAGAGCCCUUUUGGUCGAUGUGGGUGGAACGCUGCUGGAAACAUCUCAGCCAGUGCCGCAAGUGUACGCUUCAUUCGGCUCCAAGUACGGAAUUCAGGCUGAUGCCGAUGCAAUCAAAAAGGGUUUUAAGAAAGCAUUCAGUGAACCAUGGCCGGAAAGACUUCGCUACGAGGGUGAUGGUCGGAGGUUUUGGAAGUAUGCGGUUGCCACCGCAACAGGCUGUGAUAAUGAUGACUACUUUGAAGAACUCUAUCAGUAUUUUGGAAGAGGUGAUGCAUGGAAGCUUGUCGAUGGUGCAGAGCGCGCAUUGAAGGACCUGCGAGGUGCAGGAGGCAAGUUGAUUUUGUUUUCCCUAGGAAGAUCUUGCGAUUUCUCACGUGCUUUUUGGCCUCCAGUACAGCUUGCCGUCGUUUCCAACUUUGAUUCUCGCCUUCGUCCCAUUCUGGCAGAGCUGAACAUAUCCGAUGUGUUUGAUGCUCUUGUUAUCUCUUCUGAAAUUGGUCACGAGAAACCAGCGAAGGAAAUAUUUCUGACCGCACUGGAUGAGCUCGGGGUGCAAGCCAGAGACACAGUUCAUGUUGGAGAUGACCCCGUGGCGGACAAGCAAGGAGCGAAUGCUGUUGGAAUCGAUGCAUGGCUAUGGAAAAAAGAAGUCAAGUCGUUUGAAGAGAUCAAGGACCGCAUAUUGGUGCCGACAAGCUUUCCAAAAUAAUUUUGCUUUCCUGUAAUAUUAUAGAAGGGACAACUAUACGCAAGAAAGUUCUGUGCUUGAUAACAGUCUAUACUGGCAUCCCUCAAUAAAUAUGUUCUUAAAUUGUUUGGGCUAAA